AUGACAGACAAAGUUAUUCCUUCACUUUUAACAUUACCGGUAGAACUUAUCUAUCGUAUUCUUGAUAAUCUCGAUAUAUUUACUAUUCUAUGUUCAAUUUUUAAUGUUUCUACACGCAUUAAUGAAAUUGUCGAUAGUUACCGUCAACAUAAGACAACUAAUACGUUACAAUCUCUGGGUAAUCCACUUGACCCUCAAACAAUAUACCAUCUAGUUAAUAUAUUACAACAUGAUAAAACACUUCGAACGCUCUAUCUUGGCUACAAUGCAAUUAGUGAUGAAGGAACACAAUAUCUAGCAAAUGUAUUACAUCACAAUACAUCACUCACUACAUUAAACCUUUGGGGAAACGGAAUCAGCAGUAUCGGAGCACGACAUCUAGCAAAUGCAUUACAGCAUAAUAAAACACUUCUCAAUCUUGAUCUUGAAUACAAUAAAAUCGAUGGUAACGGAGCACGAUAUCUGGAACGAGCAUUGCAGUACAAUACAGUAUGA